UUAUUUCCUUGUCCUUAUGUAUAAGGCACCCGACCUUAAACUUGUUUUACAAGAGGGUCUAACAAGAGGGACGAAGGGCUUAAAAAUAUAUCAAAAAUAAAGAAAUAAUUAGUAUUUUUCCCCUUCAGCUUUCAAGCCAUCUUUUAAUUUUUGUUUCGCCUUCCAAUAGUACCAACGCAAGUCCAAAGAAUUUACUGUUAGAUUUUUACUGCAGAUAAGCCCUCAAAAGGAUUAAGACGAACAGGGAAGACUCAUCCCAGAGUCGUCAGACCAUGAUUAAUAAAUCUUUGAUUCAUGAUCCAAUAAUUGUCAUAAUUAUAGGGAAUAGUAGACUUUUGAACUGAAUUAAAAAAGUGGUGACUAACCUGCCAUUUUCAGUAAAAACAGUACUAAUUGCCGAUACAAACUGUUAUAGAGACGAGGAGAAUUUUAAUUAAGGUGAGAGAUGCCUCCCUAAUGUUUAGUAAGCUGGGCUUAGACUAGGAUUCCCGAGGUUUUUAAGAAUUACCCUGACUUUUUGUCACUAAAAAUGAAGCUGUAAGGUAUCAAGACAGCUAGAGAUUUUGCUAAUAAAUAGUCUAUAAGUAAAGCUCUUA